UCGUCCAUUUUGUCAGAGGAUUUUGGCAUUGAGAUUAGCAGUAGCUUGUCUCUUAUUCCAACGAAGCCGACCCACAUCCUUACAGCUACAAUGUCGGAACAAGCCAUCUCCUUCGCUAAAGAUUUUCUGGCUGGUGGAGUUGCUGCUGCCAUAUCAAAGACAGCAGUGGCCCCCAUAGAGAGAGUCAAACUGCUGCUGCAGGUACAACAUGCAAGCAAACAGAUUGCGGUAGACCAGCAGUACAAAGGCAUUGUCGACUGUAUCGUGCGCAUUCCCAAGGAGCAGGGUUUUCUGUCGUUUUGGCGUGGCAAUUUGGCCAAUGUCAUCCGAUACUUCCCCACUCAGGCCCUUAACUUCGCCUUUAAGGACAAGUAUAAGCAGAUUUUCCUGGGUGGUGUAGAUAAGAACCAGUUCUGGCGCUACUUUGCUGGUAACCUUGCUUCUGGAGGUGCUGCUGGAGCCACAUCCCUUUGUUUUGUGUACCCUCUGGAUUUCGCCCGAACACGCUUGGCUGCUGAUGUUGGCAAAGCUGGAGCCAGCAGAGAAUUCAAAGGCCUAGCUGACUGCCUGGUGAAGAUUUCCAAAUCUGAUGGUAUUAAAGGCUUGUACCAAGGGUUCAACGUGUCUGUGCAGGGAAUCAUCAUCUACAGGGCUGCCUACUUUGGUGUCUAUGAUACAGCCAAGGGUAUGCUCCCAGAUCCAAAGAACACCCACAUUGUGAUCAGCUGGAUGAUUGCACAGACUGUGACUGCAGUGGCUGGUGUAAUGUCUUACCCAUUCGAUACUGUGCGUCGUCGUAUGAUGAUGCAGUCUGGCCGUAAAGGAGCCGACAUCAUGUACAGUGGAACAAUUGACUGCUGGAAGAAGAUUGCAAAGGAUGAAGGUGGAAAGGCUUUCUUUAAGGGUGCAUUGUCCAAUGUUCUCAGAGGCAUGGGUGGUGCCUUUGUGCUUGUCCUGUAUGACGAAUUCAAGAAAUUCGUCUAAACUAAUUCCAUAAUUCUUCCAUACACUGGGGAACAUUGAAGAUGACCAUGUAGAACAGCUGAACCAUAAAGGACCAUUAAGCUUAUUCAGAAUCUUCCCUGUCAAGUAUUUAUAGGGCCCAGAUAAUGUGUAAUACUUGAAACCUAGUGACCAAGAAGACUCCUUAACACAGUAAAUAAUGUAUUUUCCACUUUAAGCACCAUGUACUGUUGUUUUUGUUUUAUUUUAUUUUUUGCACAGCUCUGUGUCUAGCAGUUGUGUUUUAAAUUGGGGCAUUCUCCUCCAGAAUAAUAAAUAUAAAAAUAUAAAA